AUGUGCUACUUCCUCAGCGUCCGAUACUCGCGCUGUAACCACCGCAUCGUCCUCGUCGCACAAACUCCUCCCUAUUCCUGCACCGACAACUGCGCGGCACCCACCUCACAGAGCUCCGACGAGGUCCAGCACUCGCGCUCAAACCGCACACUCUGUCCCUCCUGCUACGCUGCCCGCUACCCCACGCGCACGAUCCACCCGCCGAUACUCCGCGAGCCCGCUCCGGAGGUCAUCACCUUCAUCAGUCCUGUCGUGACAGGGGAAUACGACGGCGACGAAGUUACGCUCGACCGCUUCCGUAAGCAGCGGAGGGAGCAUAGAGCGCUGCAAGCUCGCAAGGGGCGCACUCAGUUGGAGGCUGUGGGGGUUACGGAGCAGGCGAUACUGAACAGCGGGUGGCUGGCGGCCAAGAGGAAGAGGAGGGUGUAUGAGGAGGAUGAUUCCGACAAUGAGGAGGAUACACGCAACUUCGACCAGGUCCUGAGGGGCCUCAGGGGGAUUCACGACGGGGAACAUGACGUGGAGAGAGAGCGCGGUGGAAGGAUACGAUGGGUUGAGAGGUUCUUUGCUGGGGAACCGGAUUACGAUGAGGAUGAUGAGGAUGAGGAGGACGAGGAGGAGGAGCAGGCUGAGGGGGAGUUUAAGGAUAUCGCAGUGUUUGAGAGCUUGCCUGCAGGCCUGUCCCAGAGCAGUGCUAAUUGUGAUGUCGAUUUCGAUGGUUUGGAGGCAGGAACUCAAUCGGGAGGUCGUGCUGGAAUUAACCUUGCCCCAGUGUCCUCCGUGACCACCAGUCGCCGUAAUUCUGUAUGA